AUGGAGACCAAUCAACCAGAAGCCGCACUCCUCCACUUCUCUACCUUUAACACCGCUAUGGUAGAUUUCUCCGGCGGGAAACCUCAGAAGAAAGACAAACGCCUGGCUGUCUCAUGGAACGAGCUUGGAAACGCACACAUGAUGAACGAAGAAUGGACCAAAGCCGAGGACUGCUUUAUCCGCUCAAUGAACGCACUUCAACAGCUUGGCGACUUCAAGAAGGUCGACUUGUCCUUUCCGAUAAUCAAUCUCGCCUUUUCGUACUGGCUUCAAGGCCGUCUUGAAGCGGCAGACAAGACAUUGGCUGAAAUCCUAGCGGCACGCGAGGCUGCAUAUGGCAUCAAUAACUGA